GCGAAGAAAAGCUGUUCGUCGGCCAUUUUGUGAGUGCGUCUGCCGGAGUGUAGGGCUGCCUUUGUUUUUUGUUUUCACCCUUUUUUAAAACUCACUUUCGCUAAUUUUAGAAGCCACUGCUGAGCCAAACGAGGCGGCACACAAGCCCCGGUAGAUUUCAUCUCCGCACAGCUCUCGCCCUAAUAUCGCAUGUCCACUAUCCAGAACCUCCAGUCCUUCGAUCCCUUUGCUGAUGCAACUAAGGGUGACGACCUGCUCCCGGCCGGGACCGAGGAUUACAUUCACAUAAGGAUCCAGCAGCGGAACGGCCGCAAGACCCUGACCACCGUUCAAGGCAUAGCUAAUGACUACGACAAGAAGAAGCUUGUGAAAGCUUUCAAAAAGAAAUUUGCCUGCAAUGGCACUGUGAUUGAGCACCCCGAGUACGGGGAGGUCAUCCAGCUUCAGGGAGACCAGAGGAAAAACAUCUGCCAGUUCCUCCUUGAAGUUGGCAUCGUCAAGGAGGAGCAGUUGAAGGUCCACGGAUUUUAAAGCCACGCUGAUGCCACCGAGACCCCAGCAGGCUGUGGCAUCUGAAGUCCCCCUCAAUAUGUAUCGAACAAUAAAAGUUUAGCAACAUGUCUGGAAUUUGCUGAGAGGCAAUAAACACACUUUUUUGUUUGCACACAACCAGAAUUAAACUCAUAACUGAAUGAUGUUAGGUUAUUUCUACAAAAUAAAGAAUCAUGACUUUGGUAGGCAUCUGCGGUGUGGAGGUCCAGUUCUGUGAUUCUUUGUCAAAGUGUUGACAGCAAGGUAGUCAGUGACAUGUCCCUGCUGCUUGCCUUUACCUGGUCAUACCAGGGUGUACAGGGGAAAUGGUGGUAAUGUUCUGGCUCUUUAUAUGAUAGACUCUAGGGUUCCCCAGUUGUGCCCUGUGGAAUAGUGGAGUGGUACCAUCCAGUAACAAUGCUGCUUUUGAUGUUUUCAAAGUUCCUCCUUAUCUAUGCAAUCUGUCUAAACCUGUCCUCUGACUGCGUUAGGAUACAUAGUGAUGCAGCCAGAGGCUGGAAUUCGAUCCUUCGUUGACUGACCUGGAUUCUGAUUUGGUUGUCAGCCUAGGCAUGUUGAGGUUAUAAAAGGCAACCUCUUGCCACCUCCUGAUGCCGUAUGGUUUACAGUUGCAAUGGUCCAGUGCAGGGCAGCUUUUGCCUCUAGCUGGGUAACAUCAGCUGUCAAUGGGACAGUGGGUUUGCUAGUAUGUUUAGGUACAUCCCAAUGUUAAAUGUGGAAGCUCUCAAAAGUGGUUGAUAUAUUCUGCCUGAAAUCUGGGGUGCUGGAAUUGUGAUCAGGUGGAGUGGAGCAUUGUUUUUAUUGCUUCAUUAGCAGGGGAAUUGUGAUUUUGCAAGAUGUAUUUUUCAUCCUGGUAAGAAUUGAUGAGCACUGUCACUUUCCCUUCUGCUGUCCAAGUUGUUGAUUGGCUUGUCAUGUGGUUUGGAGUUGAUGACCAAUGACUGUAGAGGGGAUAAUUGUGUUGGGUGUAUUCCGACAGCAGGCCUGGUAAUUUGCACUUCAUUGUCAGAUGUUUCACAGAAGUACCCAACACAAUUUUGAUGCUUAACAAUGCAAUAUAAACACUAAAAUUAGACUGACAUAUCUGUCUUGGAAAUGUCUUUUUUGCCUUUACUAAAACGUGAUGCUUCUGUAACUUUGAGCAAUUGAUUUUCACACCCCAGGGUUUAUUGGGGUGGGGGGGCUCUUCAGAUGCCUGAAAAUUGCAGGAUAAGGGGUUAAAAAAGUUUCCAGAAUCAUAUGACCUUUUGUUUUAGAAACCUUUUUCAGGGUGUGUGUUUAUUAGCCUCGGUCCAAGGUGUUCCCUCAGAGCUAAGUGUGACCAGUUGACCAAUACUGGGCAUGACGAAGCUCCUUACACCUCACGCAAACUCUCUAAACACCUGAUUUAAAGGCAGGCUGAUGAUAGUAAGGCAAACGGAUCUGAGAAUCUGGCCAUGCUCCCCAUAUCCAUCUUUGCAGUGAUGCAGUGACACGAUGUGUGACCUUUGAUUAUCCAGCGCUGAAUUAAACCUUAGCUUCCAGCUAGUGACCUCUGCUGUUUAGCGUAACCGCAAGUUACUGUGGUAUAAUGUACGCUGCUGCUGUGACUGGGUCAUGCCAAUCACAAUGAGUAUCUUCAGGUUAACUGUGUCAUGUCAUUUGUUAGACCAGGGAUUCCAUGAAUACCAGCAGAAGCGUACAUUUGACUAGAAAAAUAGGCAACCUGGACUCUUGCUGCAAAAUCUCCAGGCCUUCCCAUAAUUCCCCAGUGCUGUCAGAGAACAGACAUCGCUCCUUCAGGCCUUUCAAGUAGAAUUUGGUAUCAGCAGUCAACCAAAUCAGUAAUGCUUUUGUUUUGAUGUAGCAUUUCUCGUUCUCCAAUUGUCUGCUGGUCUAAUGUUUACAUUUUAACUCGGCAAUAAGAAAACCACCUCAGACAACUGUUGCUAAACUUUGAUUUUUGUUUUUUUGUAAUUUUCCCCUAUAUUUAUGAGUGUCUUCAGCUGGAAAGUUGCUGUGUGAGUGUAUGAUAUCUCUUGGAUACAUGCAUGAUUAGAGUGGAGUGCUUUAUUCUGGAUUUCUCUCUUUUUUUUGGUCCUCUUAUUUCAACAGCUUCUGUGUGAAUUUGUUUAAACCUUUCAAUAAAAUGAGGCAAUAAGUCCA